AUGGCGAACAUUACGGACCUUCUCAUGGCUCUGGGCAACCCGGAGCCGUCUAUCCGGGUGCCCGCAGAGACCGCUGUGAACAAUGCCAAGGAGACCGACCUCGCCACCUUCAUGACGACAAUGCUGCAGGAGUUCCGUGACGAAAACAAGCCGACCUUUGCCCGAAACAUGGCGGGCACGUUGCUGAAGAAUGCAGUGGCGCCAUCCUUGCGAGAAGUGGCGGCACGGCACGCGCUGGAGGAACGCUGGCGUGCCCUGCCUGGGGAUGUGCGGCUGCACAUCAAGAAUGAGGUUCUGAGUACUCUCGGCAGCCCCAAUCGCGAUGUGCGCACAGUCGCCGCCAACAUCGUUGGCAGUCUGGCUCGUAGCGAGCUGCCUUCCGGGGAGUGGCCACAGCUGAUGGGCAUCCUUGUCGGCGCAGCGCAGUCUGCCUCGGAGCAACACCAGGAGGCAGCCCUCACCGCCAUCGGCUACAUUUGCGAGGAGGGCAAGGAUCAUGAGGAAGUGGAGCAGGCGCUGAAACCGAGCACGACAGACGUGCUCUCUGUGAUUGUGCAGUGCAUGGCAAGCACCAACGAGGAUGUCAAGUUCAGCGCGACGAAUGCCUUGUGCAACGCGAUGGAGUACAUCCACGACAACAUGGACGUCCCGGAGCAACGCAGCUACCUCGUGACGGCGCUGUGUGAGACGGCGAAGUCGUGCACGACGGCGCGUACUCGAGAGCGCGCCAUGGAGAGCUUGGUCAAGGUGGCGGAGCUCUACUACUCGACGCUGCCGGACUACAUCGCGCGUCUCCACGAAAUCACCACGAAUGCAAUUUUUCACGACGAGGAGGCGGUGGGCCUGCAGGCUAUCCAGUUCUGGAUCUCGAUCUGCGAGCUGGAGCGGGACAUGAAGGAGGGUGGCGACGUGCAGUCAAGCCUGAACUACAGCGCGCAGGGGCUCACGUUCCUUGUCGACAUCUGCAAGCAGCUCCUCGUCCGGCAAGAAGAGGACCAGACGGAGGAUGACUGGAACCUCUCCGUGGCCGGUGGCAAGCUGCUGCAGAGCCUCGCCGAGGCCGUCGGUAUCCCCAUCCAGCGGCCCGUGAUGGAUUUUGUGUACGCCAACAUUAACAGCACAGAGUGGCGCAAACGCGAGGCAUCCGUGAUGGCGUUCGGGUGCAUCAUUGGAGUCCAGGAAACCGCGGCGCAGGAAGCCAUUCAGGACACUGUGGCGCAGGCGGUCCCCGGUCUCAUGGAGUACCUCCGCGACUCAAACGAGAUGGUGGCGGACACAAGUGCGUGGGUGCUGGCGCUCGUGUGCGAGAACUUCGUCGACAUCUUCCUGCAGACGCCCGAUCUGCUGCAGCGCUUAAUGAACGAUGUCGGUCCGAUGAUCGGCGGCGACAACGCGCGCAUGGGCGUUCGUGCGUGCCACAUCGUCAACAACAUCGCGCUGGCCUACGAGGAAGAGGAGGAUCAGCAGACAAACGAAAUUUCGCGCUACUACGGUGACCUUGUCGUCGUUCUUCUGCACGCCAUCGACCACGGGGCCACGAACGACUUCAAGAGCGCUGCUCAAGAGACGCUGAAUGCCCUCGUAGACGCGGCCGCGAACGACUGCUGCAGCGCCUACCUAAUUCAAUUGCCUCAAGAACUGCUAGCACGCAUGGGCCCGCAGCUCAACACGCUGCGGCAGUCCAGCGGCGACAACAUUGAAGCGGAGGCGAUGAUGGGCCUGCUCUGCGGUGCGCUCUCGGCCCUUGCGCGCAAGCUGGGUCAGAGCUUUAUGCCAUUCCUAGACACUUCCAUGCAAGCCCUCAUUCAGGUGAUCGAGCUCCCCACCGACUACGUGCAACAGGAGGCACUGGUGGCCAUUGGCAGUAUCGCCUACGUUGCCAAGGAGCAACUGGCGCCCUACCUGGCGAAGGUCAUUCCGCACGUACUGAAGUACUUGCAGGCCUUCGACGAACCGGACAGCAUCUACGGUGUGGUGGCUGCGGUGGGCGACCUCAGUCUCUCCUGCCGCCUCUCGCUGCUGCCCUUCGAGUCCGAUAUCAUGAACACCCUGUACGUCAACCUCACGAACACCGAGGUGGAUCGUGAGCUCAAGUGCUCGUUUCUCAGCUGCUUUAGCGACUUUAUCCUCAACGUGCUGGGCAGCGAGCGUUUCAAGCCGUACAUGGCCGCGCUGCUGCCGCUGGUGGACCAACUCUUCCGCGCCAGCUGCGAGAUCGACAUCCGCGGUGACCCAGAAGGCGAGGAGUACGUGAUGAGCCUCUGGGAGACGACCGCCUCCUUCUACUCCUCCGUCACCCAGUGCUUCAAGAGCAGUGACGUGGAUGCCUUGGCCCCGUACCUGGCAAACAUUUUGAGCUUUGCCCUUCACGCCGCCACGAACGCCGGCGAGUUCGAGGAGACGCAGAUGGCGGCACUCAUGGUCAUUGGUGACAUGGCAUCGGUGCUGCGCCACGUACCCGAUCCGCAGAUGCGGGCGCAGGCGAAGCAGGCGCUGCUGGCAGACGCCGUGAACGGCGCUCUGAACCAAGCGCUGUGCAGCAGUACCUCUGAGGACAACAAGAAGCAGCUAAAGUGGAUCCGGAAUCAGCUGAGUCACCUCCAACGCUCAUGA